UAGCAGCACCUGCAUGCAACAGCAAGACUACACAGAAAUGCCCGAUACACCAGUCCAAACCGAUACACCUGAAGUUGCAUUAAGUUUGUUAAAAUACACAACUACUCCCUUUUCUAAACUCCCUUGUAUGCCCCUCACUGUGUGUGGGCAUGUGUUAACCUUUUUAGUAGAUUCUGGAGCAGGACACUCAGUGAUACAACAUGGGGUACUUCCAGUAGACCCACCGCUCAGCUCAAAUUCUAUUCAGACAGUGGGCAUCUCAGGACGACCUGUAACCGAAACUUUCUCAGUCAACCUCCUGUGUGAAAGCGAGGGAGGAAUAGUUACGUCCCACUCAUUUCUCAUCUCACAUACAUGUCCAGUAAAUUUGUUAGCACGUGAUUUAAUGUGCAAAUUAGGAGUAAAUCUCACGUCCACUCCAGAUGGACUAACUAUUGAAGUAAGUGAAAUGUGCGGUGUGCAGUAUGGGUUUGGAAGCCCUCUGUAUGUGUAUGUCUGGUGGCUCUGCUCAGAUCAACUCACACAAACUCCCAAACACCUUGCACAGCUCGCAUACUUGAACACCUCAUCAGUUGACACAGAUUAUAUGAAAGAGGAAGAUUUGCAUUGUACAGCACAUGUUCACCAAGGGCAAGAUGUAGAGUUUGAAAAGACUUGGUUUGCAGACCCCCACACACGUGAAAGAUUGACCCUCAAAACUACAUAUUGGUCUAAAUAUUAUUGCGCUGUGCAGGUCCAUCCUACUCGUUGUCCAAACAGCUGCAUCAAUGUUCAUCGCAGUGUUCUCAAACAUGUUAUACGCGGCCUCGUGUCAGAGGACUCUGAGGUCGGCUGCUGCCAACAUGAUUUCUUUGACAUCAUUAAUUCUAUAUCCCAUGUCUCAUUAGCAAGGCCACGAGCCGCCCAUUGGAAAGACGUGGGGAGUGGGUCAAGAAGUGCGCAGCCAAUGGCAAUGAAUGGUCCCAAACAGAGGACCCUAGUGUGUUGUUUUGUCAAAGGCUUAGGGUCUACAAGCAAAGUCAGGCUAUCUGUGUGCAUGUUAAGCGCAGCGUAAUAUUAGCCACUGAUGACCAGGGUCCUGGGGACCCUGGCCAUAGUGGCCUGUUUGUCUCUGUUUCCACAGGCAUAACUCCAGCAAAGGUGCACCCCAAAUUGGCGGGAGUUCCAAAUUCCAUUUGUCGAAGGGUAAACAUGAUGUGGGCCUAAUAAAGAAUGCUGAACCAGUGGUGAUCACCCCCAAAUCAGAUUUCAGGCCUAGACAGACCCAGUACCCACUCAAACCAGAAGCAAUCGCAGUUAAGAAGGCAAGAAAACCGUCCCAGCCCGAUGAGUGGAGGUUUGUCCAAGAUCUGCAAGCAGUCAAUGCUGUGGCUGUCCCGCAUGCGCCUGACGUCCCUAAAGAGAGCUCUGCAGACCACACCCACUCUGGGACUACCUGACCCCAAUAAACCAUUUUGUUCAAAGUGUAGAUGAAAAGAAGGGUUUUAUGACCUCUGUUCUUUUGCAGAAACAUGGGGAUAGAUUGAGAACUGUAGCCUACUUCUCCAGCAGGCUGGAUCCAGUGGCGGCUGGACUUCCUGUUUGCCUGUGUGCAGUUGCUGCGGCUGAAAAGGCGGUAACUGCUUCCAAAAAUAUUGUGGGGUAUUCUAACCUCACCCUUUUGGUCCCACAUGCUGUCUCCCUGCUUCUGUUGGAGAAAAAGACGUCACAUUUGUCAGCACAGAGAUGGUUGAAGUAUAACACUGUCAUACUUGAUAUGCCUAACAUCAUUGUGAAACGUUGUUCUGUUCUGAAUUCUGCCUCUCUUCUCCCUACAGAGGACGAUGGAGAGCCACAUGACUGUGUUGCUCUCACUAACGAUUUUUGUUCCCCCAGGGCAGAUUUAAAGAGCGACCCUUUGGAAAAUCCAGACAUGAUCCUCUAUGUGGAUGGUUCAGCCUCCAGAGACCCAGAGACGGGAAAGAACAAAGUAGGUUUUGCCAUAGUCUCAGAUCACGAGGUCCUCAAGGCGUCACAUCUGCCCUCGAACCUGUCGGCGCAGGCUGCAGAGCUCUGUGCCCUCAUUGAGGCAUGCAAAUUGGCGGCAGGGCAAUCUGUCAAUAUUUUUACAGACAGUAGGUAUGCAUUUGGCGUUGUGCAUGAUUUUGGCACCAUUUGGAAACACAGAAAUUUUCUCACUAGCACAGGAUCUCCCAUUGCACAUCAUAAACUGGUCUCUGAGUUGUUGGUUGCUAUUCUACUCCCUAGAGCCAUUGCUGUGUGUAAGUGUGCUGCCCAUACUAAGAAUACUGAUCUUGUGUCUCAAGGGAAUGCCAGGGUGGACGCGGCAGCUAAAUGUGCAGCCUCAGCUUCCAGUUCACCCUCUAACCUUGCCUUUCGCCAGGUUUCUACCCCCUGUUUACAGCUAGCAGAUGUUCAGAGCACUGCCACCCAGGACAAGAGACGAGUCUGGAAACAGGCAGGCUGUAUCUUUGCAAACUUGGUCUGGGUUUGUCCCUCGAGCCGUCCCUGUCUACCAAAAUACAUGUUCCCUUUCUAUGCAAAAUUGGCACAUGGGCUCACCCAUGUGCCAAAAGGGGGGAUGGUAGCAGAAGUAACAAAGAGAUGGUUCACAGAAGGGUUUUCAAAUUAUGCUGCGAAAUUUUGCAAGCAAUGCUUGAUAUGUGCACAACAUAAUGCAGGUCAAGGUAUCAAACUAACUCAAGCAGCACACCCAAUACCAUACAAACCAUUUGAUCAUCUCCAAAUGGACUUCAUUGAACUGACACUUAGAGAGGGAAAAUGGGUCCCUUAAAAUAGACUAAGCAAAGCUUGUGCAGAAACAGGGCUUGGAUGGACAAAGGUCCUCCCUGUAGUACUCUCACAAAUGAGGAUGCAAACUAGACCUAAACAUGGGUUAAGCCCAUUUUGAAAUUCUGUUUGGAUGAGUACCCAACAUGGGGAUAGGGCCAGUUCAAGGAACACUGCCGGACACCACACUGUGUGAUGAUGCAAUGUUGAAUUACUGUGCAACGUUGUCCUCUGCUUUGAAAUCUAUCCACAAACAGGUAAAAGAAGCACUUCCCAAACCCGCUGAGGGACCUCUGCACAAUCUACAACCAGGGGAUUGGAUCGUGGUGAAGGACUUCCGAUGAACCAAGUGGAACAAGCCACGGUGGAAUGGCCCAUUCCAGGUCCUGCUCAUGACCCCAACGGCAGUGAAGGUCACAGGCAGAGUGACGUGGAUCCACGCUAGCCACUGCAGGAGGGUUCCUGAACUGGCUGAGCAGGAGGAAAAGGAAGGCCUAAGUGACCCGGAUGCUGGUAAAGCUCGUGAGGAAGAAAGGCAUCACUACAUGGAACAGCGCAAGUAUCACAUCAAUCACGCACGCACCCUCAAUAGGGAGAGUAUUUCAGUGUCUAGCCGAUAGAUAAGUCUUAGGGUUUUGAGUUUCCUCCAAGUCCCAGUGAGGUGGGACGAGGGCUGAUAGGGCGUGCCCGCCCUCUGAGCACCAAUACACGUCAAGAAGGGCAAGGGUUAACUCGGUAACAUCAUUGAGGCACUGAACAAGAUGCGCAAGUUGCUGAACAAUUACGAGCAGAUGAACAUGGAGGAGUUGAAGACAGCUGAUCGUGUUAGUUCAGUGGAUGGAAGACUCUGAUUCUAUCCACCAUACCAGUCCUGGGCUUAGUGAUUGUGAUGCUAUGUUUGCUCCCUGUUUUCUGUCAAUGUUGUAUGUCUGUGUUUCAGAGGCAGCUGACAAAUAUCGGUUACCAGAUAGUGAAAAUAGACUCAGACGACUUGCCUGACUGGCCUCCAAACUCACACGAAGACUAUAACCCACUGUUCGAUGACAUCAGCACAGUUGACAUGAAACUAGUCCUGACUUAAAACAUUUUCAUUAUGAUUGUUUCCUGUUCUUUUAUUCCUGAUCUAUGUAUAUGGCUUGCUAGCAUUCAUUUAAGAUGUCUAUGUCUUAUAAAAAACAGCCCUAGCAUUAUCCCAGUACACUCAAUGACGUGUUAAGUUGAAUCUCUCUGAGAACUCUUAUCACUGAAACUGUGUACAGUUCUUUUCUUUCUUUAGCAAUUAUUAUCCUAUAGGAUAAAAAGGGGGGAGAAUGUGAGGGAAAUUUAGUGGAUGAACAUUCCUAUUCUCUGUGUUUCUGUGUGUUGAGCUCAAGUGGCCUAAUAUACUGAGAAAGAUGUUUUUUUCCAAUGUUGUAAUCGCUUUUCUGUGGCCUUGGUGGUAAUGAGCAGGGUGCUUGAGUUCGUCCUAACUACGCAUCUUCUCAUGAUGUAACCACCUUUCCUGACCUCGGUGGUGAUAAGCAGGGUGCCUGAGUUCUCAUAACUACGCAUCUGCCUGCACAUACAGUACCAGAGCACGCCAGGUGCACUCUUUAACAAAGCUUCAUAGAAAAUCUUGAGCCAAUCAUGUGAAGAUGCAAGCAGUAAGCGAAUGCCUUUAGAGUAUAAUAGAUAGCAGCCACUAAAACACAACUCAGAGAGCGCACGCGUACUCUCACAUCACUAGAGGUGAUGCUCUGCUUUAAUU